AUGAAGAAAGAAGUUAUACUAAUAAUUAAUGUAUUAGGUUUAUAUGUUACGUUUUUAACAUGGUCAAUUUUACAAGAACGUAUAAAUACAAAACCAUACCAAGAUCAAUAUUUUAAAUCUCCAUUAAUUAUAAAUUUAAUACAAGCAUUUUUUGCAUCAAUUGUUGGUUAUAUAUAUUCAAUAAUAAAGAAAAGUAAUCCAUUUGAUAUUUUUAAAACUCAUACUACCAAAUUAUUUGGUUGGUUAUUAUUAAUUUCAUUAACUUCAUCUUUAUCAUCACCGAUUGGUUAUAAAUCAUUAACACAUUUAGAUUAUUUAGCUUAUUUAUUAGCAAAAUCAUGUAAAUUAAUACCAGUAAUGUUUGUUCAUUUUAUAUUUUACAAAACUAAAUUUCCAUUAUAUAAGUAUAUUGUAGCUUGUUUAGUUACAUUUGGUGUGAUAAUUUUUACAUUUGCUCAUAAACAAGAAAAAACAAGAAUAAAUGAUGGAAAUACACCAUUAGGGUUAGUUUAUCUUAUUGGAUCAAUGUUAUUAGAUGGUUUAACCAAUUCAACGCAAGAUCAAUUGUUUAAAUUGCCUGUAAACUUAACAGGCGCAAAAUUAAUGUGUAUUUUAAAUUUAUUUGUAUUUAUAUUAACAUUGGGAUAUACUAUUAUAUUUACAAAUGAAUUAACAUAUGGAUAUAACUUUAUAUUGAACCAUAAUGAAGUUAUAUAUGAUAUAUUAUUAUUUAGCGGAUGUGGUGCAAUUGGUCAAGUAUUUAUAUUUGUUAUAUUAGAGAAAUUUGAUUCAAUUAUAUUAAUUACAGCUACUGUUACAAGAAAGAUGUUAAGUAUGGUAUUAAGUGUUUUAUUAUUUGGUCAUUACUUAAAUAUAAACCAAAUAAUUGGUAUAAUACUAGUAUUUGGUGGUAUUAGUUAUGAAGCUCUAAUAAAAUUAACAAAGAAAAAAAAACAUAUAGACUGA